AUGACGGAGCUGCUUACUCCUCUUGCUGUUGCUAUUAAUGUUUUGCUACAGCAUCUUGUGCAACUGCUGUUCUGUCUGCUGUUCUCUGUAUCUGUAACUGUUAUUGUUAUCUUAAAUAAAAAAAAACCGCGGAACAUUUCAAAGUCAUUUCACUAUUACACGUCUCGUCGUUCACUGUUGAUUCGUUCUGUGAUUUGUCUCUGUUUGGUGGGCUUUAUUGCUGCAAAAUGUGUUCCUGAAAGAUGUGGGUCGAUGAGUGUGAGUUACGCUUUCUGGAUUAACAAUUCUGAUUGUGGGUACCCUGGUUUUAACAUCAUAUGCAAGAAGAGCAAAUAUACUGGGAUGUUCGCUCCGUUCUUUAGAGCUUAUGCAGAUAAUUGGCAGUGGGUUAAUUUCACGGGCGGAGGUAUGUUUGGUUUGCGCAAUGAUACCACCAACAUUUUUGAUGACAAGUGUGGCUUCUCCACUGUAUUGGAGCCCUCCACCUUCACCCAAGUCGACAAUGAAACAAACCUCUUUUGGGGACAAGGUAGGAAGGCUUAUUAUGGCCUCCGCCUUAACUGGGGUAUCAGCCUCCAGAAUUGCUCAAUGGCUACAGCAACUGCCAAUUAUUCUUGCUCCUUCAACGCAGAAUGCCUUGACUCCCCAUCAGGACAAGGGCACGUAUGCAAGUGUCUUCCUGGAUAUGAAGGAAAUGAUUACUCUAAUGGCACAGCCUGCACAGAUGUAGACGAAUGCAGUAAUCCCAACUUGAAUAUUUGCGUUGGACGGUUGAAAGGAGGUAUUUGUCAUAAUUUAGUAGGUGCUUACAAUUGUUCAUGUGGCAAGGGUUAUAUUGGAGAUGGGUUACAGAUUGGGACAGGCUGUGCCUCCACAAACUCAAAUAGCUCCAUCAUCCCAGCAAUUAUAGGCUCUCUUUCUUCAUUUGUUGGAGUUUCUCUAGGAGCUUUUGGAUUAUUUUGGUGGUUCAGGUGGCGUCGUUUGCGGAGAGAUUUCAAGCAUAAUUGUGGGAUUCGGUUGCAGAAAGAAAUCGCUUCCAAGGGAGGAAAAGACUUCAAAAUAUUUUCUGAAAGAGAGUUGCAGAGAGCUUCCAAGUCUUAUUCAACAGAAUUGGGGAGAGGCGGCUUCGGAAAAGUGUAUAAAGGAAAACUCUCUGACGGUAGGGAAUUGGCCAUUAAAAUGGCCGUAUCGGCUCCGAUGAGUUGA